AUGGGGUGUUUGGCCUAUGUUAGCCUAUGUUUGCUUGGCUUCUUCAUGAGAGCCGCUGAAGCGGAUCGCUGCCCCAGGGGAUGGCUGCAGUAUCAGGGCAACUGUUAUGGGUUUUUCCACAACAAGUUGAGCUGGCAUGAAGCUGAGAUUGAGUGUCAGAGUUACGGUCGUGGGACCCACCUUGCAUCCAUUCUUGUGAGGGCAGAAACUCUGAUGGUAUCCAAACAUAUCUCCAUUGACAAGAAAGAAACAGGGGUUGACGUUUGGAUUGGACUCCAUGAUACUCACCAAAAUGGGAACUGGAGGUGGUCCGAUGAGACCUCCUACAACUACAAGAACUGGAUGAGAGGGGAGCCCAACAAUCUUUGGAAUUCCGAGUACUGUGUGGCUUUGAGGGCUUCCACAGAGUACAAGAGAUGGAUUGAUGCUGUUUGCAAGAAACAUAAAGCCUACAUCUGCAAACAUGAGCUCUAGAAGGGAGACUGUCAUUCUAGGGAAGGUUGGGUUAGAUGGAUGAAAGCACAUCCCCUUGGAAUGAAGGGAGUCAGAAGAAGAUCCAGCAAUGUUACCACCUCUACGGUUCAUCCUUUGUUAUGCCAAGAAGAUCUUCCUUCAAAAGAUGACAUCUAUCUACUCACUCUCAGCCCUUAUCCAGGGCUGGUCUCUGAAAUGCUGUUGUGAUCACCUCUGU